GCUGGGAGAAAGACUCCCCCUAAGGUACAAAUUAAAAAAAAAACCGAAGAUUCCGAACCAAGCGAAAAAGAGAGAGAAAAAAAAUUUAAAGUGAAAAGUUUUGCGCCGAAAGGCACGACGACGCAGAGAAGAACAGUGUUGUGCAGUGCUGUGCGGUGUUGAUAUUGUUGUUGUUGAUGUUAUUAGUUUUUCUUCUUCUUACUUUUCGCCACACACUCUCGAAGCAGACGAAUAAGAAGAGUGAAAAACUAAAAGAAGACAGACUAAACGAAUAAGAAGAAGACGAAGAAGUAAUAAUAGUAAAAAAAAAACGGAGAAGACGAAGAAGACGCCAAAAGCCAACCUCAAACCUUCAUUCAUAAGCAAUGAAUAGAAAUAUAGUAAAAUUCUAUGCAAUACUAUUCAUCAUGCUGUCAUCAGUUGUGUUAAUCACAGACUGCUGUUCAAGCAGAUCCAUGCCAAAAUCACGCCCUCGGCCCGUAUCGCACUUCCGUGGUGUGAUAACGACAUCGUCGGCGAAGAUCACCACCACCAAUGGCAAUGGCGAUUCGACCACGUUCACCCUGAUAACGACCAAAACGACAUCGACGACGGUCAGCGAGUCCCAGUCGGAGACGACCUCGACGGUGACGGACCCGCGCAGCGGUCCCGGACCCGGUCCUGGAGGCGGCGGUGGUGGCACUAGAACCGGCUCCGCCACCACCACUACCACAACCAACUCCGGUAACGCCCACAACAACAACAAGGACCAGCUGAUGCGAAUGGGUAAGUGCUCGCUACUGUUCGAGGAAAACUACUGCCUGAAUGGUGGCAAGUGCUACAACUUUACGAUUGCCAACUCGACGAUGCCCACGUGCGAAUGUGCGGACGGAUUCAUGGGUGAACGGUGCGAGUCAAAGUACUUGGAUGGGACUUACCUAAGCAUGCGUAAGUCCAAGAUACACAUCGAAACGGCCAGCAUCUACUAUGGGGCGUUUUUGGCACUGAUAAUGGUGCUUAUUUUGCUAUAUUGUCUGCAUUACAACCAGUCCGCGGCUGCGGCCGCUUCGUCCUCCGUCGGGGCGGGAAGCAGCACCACCAAGCUGCUGCGGAAGAGCAAAAAGGUGGUGAGUUAGCAAGCUUCCUUCCGAUCAUAACUAAACCCACAGAAACCCUUAAAAAAGAAGUACACCGCGCCAGGUCGUAUUUCGUUUCGUUGUUUUGUUCAUGUUGGAUUUAGGGUAGCAGUUUAAGGGAUCGGUUCCGAUCCGAAGACGACGAUAAAUUAUGGACGAUUUGAGACACAUUAUUACACGUUUUUGGCAAUGUUAUGCCCGAUUAUUAUGUAGCCUCCAACGAGGUUUCGGCGCUAAAUUGCAACAAGUUAGAUAACGUGAGAGAAAAAAAAAACAUUGCGCGGUCGGUCAUUCGAGUUUCCAACGUUCCGAAUUGACUGUAUUGUUGUUCUUGUUGUCGUUGCAUGCAGGUUAUGCAUGGGUAUGAAACCGAAGUAAGAUGGGAUCGCUGGAAACUCGGAUGCCGUCAGCAGAGCCACCACCACAAAAAAACCAAGAAAAGAGUGGCUUGUUUGCGCUGGAAUAGCAAACAAAACUCGCGCACACAUUGGACACAUAGAUAAGAAAGAUAGAGAGAGAGAGAGAAAGAGAUAAAAACGCUCGAAUUAGUAAGACAAUGACAGAAGAAAAAUGCAUUAAUUUAUUGCUUAUCCUUUAUAUUUUCUUCCUUUAGAAAUAUUUCCCAAAAUGUAUAAAGUAGUUGUUCUAAGCAAUAGCGCAUAGUGUAGGAGGGAAAACAAUCACAAGGAGGUUGAUAGAGUUAAGAGAUAAAAAGUGUAGGUAGUUGUUAACACGUAAGUAAGAACAAACAUCUACGCCUUUACAACGAAAACAAGAGACAGAGAGAAAAAGGGAUAAUAAUACAAAGAACAAACAAAACACAAAGCAAUAAUAGUAACAGUAACAAAAGCUAACAAACAAUAGAACAAAACAAACGAGUCAAACCGUAAGUGAAUUUCAAACAUUUCAACAAAUAGACAGGUUUAUUUUCCUUUUUGUUGGUUUUAUCAGUCACAUACCCUCCCAUACAAACAGAAAAACACACCCAUAUUUGCCCCCCAAGCACUAACGAACUAAACGAGAGCCAAAGAGUACGUUUUAGUACUUUUAGAAUUUGUAAGAGCAGCAGUAAACAGCUUAAGGAUUAGUUUUUUUUUGUUCUGUUUAAUUAUUAUUAUUUUCUUGUUUACGCAAAGCCAGAUAUUAUAUGCAUACUUAAUUACUACUAGGUAAUCUCACAAGGCGAGAGCGCGCGCGCUCGCAAGUGUCUAGCAAGAAUUAAACAAACAAAAAACGUAAGGUCGUAAUCUAAUUGAAUGAAUAAAGUUAUCCAUCGGAAGAGGGAAACUCUGUCCGCUGAUUAGUUCUUACUAGCAGUGGUGAGAGAGAGAGAGGAAGGAGGGAGUAGAGGGACCUUGCGAUUUGAGGGGCGAGUGGCGAUUGUUUAGCAAUUCGACUUUUGUGGGACUCAAUUUUAUUCUAAGUCUUGUCUUGCAAUCAGAGGGAAAUGAAAAUAACAAAACAGUCUGUCAGCUAAAUAGUAAUCAUAAGAAGCACAUUGGCCGCUGUAUGUUGAGAUAUGUAUGGAAUUUCGAUAAGCGACCAUUACAAUUCUCUUCGCCUAAUCGUGAUUUUUUUCCUUAAUUUUCUUCUUCAAAUUUUUCACUCGUGAAGUAUGAGGCCGUUUUGAAUGAGGCUAGGAACAAAAUUACAGAUUAUUAAAUGAAUUAAAAAACACUAAAUGACUUAGUAAUUUUCUAUCAAAACUAUAAAAUGUCGAUUUUUUUCUCUUUUCUAUGAUAUAAGUUAAUCCUUCAUUUUUUAUCAUCAAAAGAGAAUGAAGUAUAUAAAAGUCUGGUCUCGUUUUACAGUUUUGGAAUUUUUUAACAAUUAUGCGAUUGAAUUUUGUAAAAAUGGGUAUAAAUUUGAAGUUUAUAAAAGUUCUUUUCAAAUGCCUUUCAUAUAAUUUUAACCAAAAUUUUAAAAGAUUUUUAAAACUGAACUGACGCACGUUUCUAGUAAUGCGCCGGUUGAAAGACUAACUAGCAAGACGUACAAGCUUUACAGUCGAGUUUUGUAUACUUGUCAAAUUCAUUGAAUUUUUUUAUGUUACAAACGAAAAAAAGAGGGAUUACUAUCUCCGAUAUUUUUCGGUGAUUUGUCUGCUAACGCAGCUUCUUUACUUCUAUGCCGCAAAGAAGUAAUCUGAGUCCACUUUUUUCUCACUCUUGAAUAACGAUGUUGCUGCUCUAUAAUCGCGAGGUACAGAGGAUGUGAAAAUCUUCAUCAUUAUAGCCUGUUUGGAACUACAAAAGAGGUUUGUUGCCAUACUACGAAGAGGUAAUCUCAAGAGCCUACAAGCAGUUGAAACUCAUCUUCGGAAAUGCCGAUGGAUUUCACGAUCCGAUCGAUUGAUGUCCGUUCAACACGACUUCAACUGACCGCAUAGAAGCUGUCCAGAAAAAAAAAUGUGCGUGGGCCAAAGAUGUGAAUUAUCACUCACGCUCAUUUUUUUUGAAACUGUCAUACAAAGUUUGGCAGAAAUGUGCUUUUUGAAUGAGCUAUCGGCUUGCAGAAAUAAUGAGUGUUAGUGAUAAUUUACAUCCUUGCGUGUGGCACUAAGAUAUCUUCCCUGGUACUCCCUAUGAAGACCGCUGCACAAGUAACCUUGUUGCAAAGGUCUUGACAAAUCUAAUUGAUUUACCUACUAUUAGCGCGGCAUUAAACUUCUUCACUCCGGAAAGGAAUCUGCGUCAACCAAACAGUAAAAAUAGUAAGGACAUAGCCUCUGUAUAUUGGGAUACCCAUUGAAUGUCGCUCAGAAUUCUCAAAUUUUUAUAAUUUUUAAACUUUACCUUUUUUCAUGAUUCCUUUCUUUAGAAGUGGUAGUAGCCAUUUUUAUUUCAAUUUUGAUAAUUUCAUCGUGUUCCUUGGAAAAUUUCACAUAAGAAACAACUAUAUAACAUUUUUACGAAAAAGUUGUAAAUUUCGUAAUUAUUUUAUUUUAUAAUUUAUAGACGUAAGACACCCGAAAAAUAGUGAUAGGUGAAUUUUGAGGAAAAUAAACCAAGGAAUCCAGAAAAAAUAUUGUUUUUGCCCGGAAGUGUAGUGAAAAUUUACAUUUUUCGGCCAAUGCAGCUAAUUUUAUUUUAAAUUUGAUGAUUUCAUCGUGUUUCUCAGAAAAUUUUACGUAAGAAGCACUCACCACUCCGUGGUAAUAUGAGCCAAUCUUGAGAUAUAACAUUUUUACGAAAAAUUAAUUCCGAAAUUCAGAACUAUUUUUAGUAAAAAUGCUAUAUCUCGAGAUUGGCUCAUAUUACCACGGGGUGAUAAGUGUUUCUUACGUAAAAUUUUCCAAGAAAUACGAUGAAACCAUCAAAUUUGAAAUAAAAUUAGCUGCAUUUGCCAAAAAAUGCAAAUUUAGUUUUAAAAUACAAAAAUAAUCUGUCUGGCAACACUUCAGGUCAAAAAUAAUAUUUUUUCUGGAUUCCUUAGUUUAUUUUCUUAGAAAUUAACCUAUCACUAUUUUUCGGGUGUCUCACGUCUAUAAAUUGUGAAAAAAAUUAAUUACGAAGUUUACAACUUUUUUCGUAAAAUGUUAUAUCUCGAGAUUGGCUCAUAUUACUUCGGGAUGAUAGUUACUUCUUAUGAAAAAUUUUCCAAGGAACACGAUGAAAUUAGCAAAUUUAAAAUCAAAAUGGCUGCAUUUGCCGAAAAAUGUAAACUUAGUUUUCAAAUACAAAAAUAAUUUGUUUGGCAACACUUCCGGUCAAAACAUAUAUUUUUUCUGAAUUCCUUGGUUUAUUUUCUUCAAAAAUCAUCUAUCAGUAUUUUUCGGACAUUUUACGUCUAUGAAUUGUAAGAAUAAGAAAAAAGAAAUUUUGAACAAAAAAUGCGUGACUUUGCUAUAAACAGGGGGUCCCACAGAGCGGGGGGGUAUUCCAAUCGACACCAAAUUUGGGAUUUUUCCAAAGUUUGUGCUUUUUCGUGGUCACUUUGUAUGGAAUGACCCAUAUUGAGUGGUAUUCGGUCAUUUUAAUUGUUUUUUUUUUUCAGAAACCGGAAGUCGUUAUUUUUCACUUCAAAUGAGCGCCUGGAGUCAAUUUUCGACCUCUUGGCAUCAUUCUGGUUUCGGAAAUUCUUAUAUUGGGUGGUGUUCAGACACUUUAGACUGUUUUCCAUAUACAGUGCUUUGCUCGAUUUUUUGACGUUUUUUUUCGUUUUUAUGACGCUUUUCAAAAAAAAAAAUCUAAAUCAAGAUUCAUAUACUACCAGUUGUUGUUCACUUGAGCCUUGUGUCCUUAGGCAUAGCCAGAUUUAGGAGGGGCCAGGGUCUGUUCUCAGGGCAUGUGUAUAGUUUUAUGAGCUCAAUUCAAUUGCUCAUUUUCCUGGAUCCUGGAUUUGAUCAUCCUUCGCAUCGUUUCUAUGAUGUUUUGCUCGCUAAAAAUAGAGACAAAUAUAUGAAGCGCUCGAUAAUAUUUGCAGUCAAAACUGAAAAAUGAUCUUAUUACAAAAUUUAGGAUCUUAACAGAAGAUAAAAUAAACUCAAUUUUUCUACCCGGGACAUCAGCCUUGUCAAGCAACCGUUUAUACUAGUUGUUGGAAAAUGUUAAUCACAUAAACCAAGAUGUAUCAAGAAUGUUCAACUUCCAGAUAUUAUCGAGGAUCGCGUAGCGCUUGGAUGGAUCGUUCAUUAUUUAAUGAAUGGUCUUACAAUUGCUUCACACCUGCAGUCAGAUAAUUUUGGGGUAUAGCUUCAAAAGGCUUUGUUAUUGCUGGAUAAUAGAGUGGCAAUAAAAAUCGUUUUUUCAAAUAUAGUUUAGCGGUAGGGCUCAAAAGUUUCGUCUUCUCGAAAAAAAUCCCCAUGCAAAAUUUCAGCUCGAUCGGACUUCGGGAACACGUGCCUCAAAGUAGUCAAAGUUUCAACUUUUUGACCGAUGAAAAUAAUGUGCAGGUUCUUUUCUAUGCCAAAUGUCUAAGAAAUGCAUGAAACGUCGAGAUCUGGUGUUAACUCGAAAAAAAAAUUAAGCAAAAAAUCGAGUUUCUGGGACUUUAAAAAAAAGCUCAAAAUUUUUAAACUGGGAGACUUGAAACUAUGACCGCUUUGAGGCACGUGUUCCCGAUGUUCGAUCGAGUUGAAAUUUGGUAUGGGAACUCUAUUCGAGAAGGCGAAACUUCUGACCCUUACCGCUUAACGAAAUUCAAAAAUUGUUUUUUUAUAUAUAUGCUAUUGGCCCCAAGCUUCCAAGACCCAGAAAGUUGCUUUUAUAGAAAAAAAGUUUUUUCGAGGUAACACCAAAUAUCGACGUUAUGGCAUCUAAAAAAAAAAUCGAUUUCGGCAAUUUCAUGUGCUUUUUUCCAUCGAUAAUUUUCGUGAAACUUUGACCGCUUUGAGGCACGUGUUCCCGAUGUCCGUUCGACUGGGGACUUUUUCGAAAAGAUGAAACUUUUGAGCCCUACCGCUGAACGAUAUUCGAAAAAUCGAUUUUUAUUGGCACUCUAGUCUGCAUCGCUGUCGUUCCACCUCCACGGCAGUCUUCAGAGAGAACAGCGAACAAAUCUUCGUUACACAGACUCGAUUCAACUUGCUCCGUGCAGAUAGUAGGGACACUGAAGCGCAGUAUUCUAAGUUCGAGAUGUCGCUGAAGUUUUUGGUGAUACGCAGUAUAAAUCUCAAAUUCCCGCUAGCCUCGCCGAUGAUGACUCAUAUGUUGUUCGAACGUUAGCUCUGAGACGAGUAGUACUCCAAAAUCCUUGAUACAGUUUGUAGUUG